UUUGACCUGAGUUGCAUUAAAUAGUCUCUUAAAACUUGGUAGUAUUUGUUGUUCAAAUGCUUAUUCGUUUGCAGACUAGAAAAAUGGCGAACAGCCAUCAAAAUACUGAUUCAAAAUACACAUCUUUCACUGGACAAACAAAUGGGUGCGCGCAGCAAAAUUCAGCCCUAAUGGCGAAUGUAUGCGAACGUUCACCGGGGGAAGAGUUGCUCGUUUGGAAAUCUAAUUUGCAUACAUUUCAUGCCAAUAGCUCUCGCAACAAACAAGCCAGUUCUCAAAGAAUCCAAAUUGAUCUUAGUCAUGCAACAGCUCCACAUAACUCCGCCAUAGACACACCAGUUGCUGGAGUACCAAAAAGCUGUGAUGACAGUAUUUCAAUUGAUCCACGAUAA